UUGGUUGCAGAACGCUCCCACGUGCCAACUGCGCAGUAUUCGUACCACAGUAUGUUCGUUGCGGCGGCCGAGAGCACGGCACUGUGGCGUUGCAAGUCCUGCGGCAAGGAAGUAUCAAACCGCUGGCAUCAUUUCCAUUCACACACCGCGCAACGUUCGGUCUGCCCAUAUUGCCCAGCCACCUACAGCCGAAUCGAUACGCUGCGCGCUCACUUGCGCUUGAAACACGCCGCGCUUCUACUCAAACAUUAA